AUGCCGCCGGGACGACAAGAUGCCGCAAACGAACGACGUGACGCAACCUUCAACGAUCUGUUUCAACAAAUCGACUACCGAUUUCAACAGUUGGACAUACGUUUCAUGGAUUGGUUUGCCGAUCUUUCAUCCGGAAUCGAGAAUUUGUAUGAACUGUGCCGCGGGCCACCGUGGUGUGCGCGGGGGAGUUCAAUGAGGAAGUGGAGGUCGUGUUCUAGGCGGGGCGCCCCGUCGGCAAUCUCCACAACCGCCACCCGGCGAUGUAGACUGCGAGGAGACCAUCUCAGAGGUGGAUCCCUCAGAGAGUGGCCGACUCUGCCCGUCGAGACUAAGCUCGUUGUUGCGCACAACAACCAAGAUGUGCGGCAACAGGACUGUGACCAACCUUUUGGGGGAGAGAGUGUGCAUGCCAGGGGCGUAGGUCCUACUCCAAUCCGAGUCGAGGAUUUUUCACUUCACAAGUUGGUAGAUGCAAUUAUUUGUAUGCUACAUCCUGAGGUUAAUCAAAGUGCAAUUGAACUAGCAAAAGCAACGAAAGAUGACGAUGGGGUGAUUCUGACACGUCAUGAAAAGUACUUUCAAGUUAUUGACCAUUCGGGUGGUGUUGAAUUUUUGAGUUUUAUGAUGCCCAGGGGUGUUUGGUUUGGAAGUAGGGUCCUAUGUUGUGUGGGUCGGCUAGAGUGGACGGUGGGAGACAUUCAACCUUUGUGUUUGACUGGGAAAAACAACAGGGUCCUACCACGGAUUCGACACCACACGCCGGCCACGGGAGCGCAUCGGCUUCGAGGGCAAAGCCUUCCGAACUGGGGGAGAAUGGUGUAG